GCUCUCACGGUCCAAGUGGAGUACUACGCUGACGGCGCAGACGCUCCAUUCAAGGCUGCGGCGCUGUGGCGUGCUCGGUGGGGCUGUGGGCGGAGCUUGUCAGGGGUGACGCGAUCGGGCGGCGUCGUGAGUGGACUGUGACCGCCGACCCACCCCACUCCGCCGCCUGGCCUCGUCGAGCACGUGCCGUCAGUGUUGUUCUGAGCUGAAGCCAGCACGCCACUGUGAAGAGAGGUGACCGAAAACUUUGUCAUCUUUGGCGCUCUCAAGAUGGAGUAUUUCCGGUUUUGGCCUGUCUGCGUGGCGCUUGGCUGGGCCUUCUUCCACUGCGCUGGACGUUUCAGCAGCUACCUGUUGGUUCCAGCUUCGGCGCGAAAAACGACCAUUCAAGCCUGGAAGUGGAAGAAUGUAUCUGUAUCCUUCCUGCAUUCACUGAUUACUGGCACUGGAGCUUGUGUUGAGUUUUAUUUCUAUCCAGCAAUGGCUGCUGAUGUUAUUCACAGCUACUCCAUGAGCUCACACAUUCUGGUGUCAUUCUCAAUUGGUUAUUUCAUACACGACGCUCUUGACAUGGCGCUGAAUAACAUGAAGAAGAGUACCUACGAACUUUUGGUCCAUCACGUCUUGGUGAUCCUGUGCUUUGGCCUGGCUGCGGUCUCCGGUCAGUACCUGGGGUACGCCCUGGUAGCGCUGGUCAUCGAGGUCAACUCAGUGUUCGUCCACGUGCGUCAGAUGCUGAUCGUCCAGGGGAUGGCCAAACACGCCAAACCCUACCGCCUGAACAGCUUGCUCAAUGUCGCGACGUUCCUGGUGUUCCGGAUCACCACCAUGGGCUGGAUGACGCGCUGGCUGGUCGUCAACCGUGACGUGGUGCCGCUGCCCGCCUACACUCUCGGCAGCGUCGCUCUGGCGACGCUGAUGGUGAUGAACAUCGUCCUCUUCUUCCGCAUCCUGUACGCCGACUUCAGGAAGGCCAAGCGCGACGGCUCGGGCGCUGCGACUCGCCCGUCGGCCUCUGGCGGCGGCCCGUCGGACAGGAUUCAGUCGACGAUUCGCCGCCUGGUCCGGGGCACGGAAGAGGAGGAGGUUUUGAGUGGGAAGACGGACUGAGGUGGGGCUGGGCCUCCCUCCUACCCAGCUGCGGGGAGCGGGUGUCCAGAUCUCCGGCGACCCGAGCAGCCAGAGGUGUUUGCCGGUCUGUGUGAUGUUACGGAGAGAGGUGUAUGUUUUAUAUGGAGUGUUUUGUCACUGUGUAUCAAUCACGUCAUAAUCAUGGUAGUUGUCACUGCUGUUGCCCAUGUGUAUUGACAGGGAUCAGUGUUUACCGUAGAUCCACGUAUCGUGAAUCAUAAUUGUGCGAACCACUCUGACUACUAAGACAUGUUGAUGUUAUAUAAUGUGUCGAUGUCCAUUUUGAUAAUUGAUCGCGUAGUUUUUGUCUAUUGUUGUAUUUAAAUGGGUGACCACUAUUUAUGUUACAAUCACUAGCUACUCGUCUACAUCGACCCACCUGAUUUACACCUUGAUUGUAGUCCGUGUAAUCUUCUGUCGGCCUGACCGCCUACCAGUCCAUAAUCGAUAGCUUUACAGGCCACUGGUGUCGGUGGCAUUCACGCUGCCUCAAUGGAAUAUGAUCGUGUACAAACGGGGUCAGUGAUUGGCACCGGGCGCUAUUUUGAGCUACCGCUGGUGUGUGGAUGAAUGUGUUGUUCGCUGUGUGCCUGAAUGGAGGCGCGGCGGGGCAGAGAGGUGUUACGAAGGAGAUUAAUGAGUCGCUGCCGCAGUACGAACACCUGUGUGUAUGUCUAUGUCCGUAUCCACGGCAGCUGAUGAUGGUAGAGGUGGCCGGGUAGUGGGGCCUCUAGUCAGCCAGGUCACAGAGGACCCCGCUAACCUCAGCCACUGCCCAGCAGCCCGUGUUAGUGUGCACCGAGCCUCGUCGGCAGCCCGGGGAGAGGCUAUUGGGGUCGUUAUUCAGCUGACACGGACUGUGCCUUUGGGCUACGUACAUCAUUCCUAACCGGGGUUGUCUUUUCCGCCAAAGCUGCUGUAACGCACAAUGACCAACAGUGUGCCGAUAUCAAACCAUGUGCUCCAGUUACUACUUUGUUAUGACCGGUGCUGUUUUCUUCUGUCGCUCAUAGCUAAUGUUGUGUUCAGGCGAGAUCUGUGUGGUACGUGCAGCAUCAUAUUUGCUGGAUCUUUUCCGCGCAGAAAUUUAAUGUGUCUGUAGAAGCACAUCACACGGGUGCCGCUGUCAAGCGUCAUGUCGCUUUGAUUCGAAUGUUGCUGACACGAGCUAGUUCGUUUUCAAAUAAGUCCAUUUUUGCAUCAAAGACCGCCCUCGCCUACGACAUAUUUUGAGAGUUGUCUGAUGAGGCCUCCAGCUUACAUGUGCGGCAGUGUUCAUAGCCUUCAUACAUUCGGGUUUUAUACGAAUCUGGACGUACUGUUGGUGUUGGCCGGCCCGGGACCACUGCUAUUGCACCUGAUGACAUGACCAGUAGCGCCUGUUCAGUAUGGACCGUGUGCCCAGCUCGCUGUGUACGACCCCAUGAUGUAGGUCCGCUGUGCCGGUCCGUCCCAGCGCCCCUGUUGCGGAGUCGCUGGGCUGCGCCCGCCCUCUCCCGCGCAGGUGGCGUCACCGUACCGGGUCUGUGUCUUACGCGCUGCUGUUUGUCGGCCAGUGUUUUUGUAAUAAAACCCAAUCGAAUGAUG